AUGCAGCAGCUGCUCUUGCGGGGGCGCCGUCGGGUCCAUCUUCGCCGUCAUCCCGAGCAGGCGGCUCAGGCAGGGCAGCAGCAUGCACAGCGAGGCCUUGCAGGCGGGCUCCUUCACGCGCUGGACCACCUCCUGGCAGACCUCAAAAGCCUUUUUGAGCAGAGGAUGGUUCGGAUCGGUCUUGGGGUAGGAAAAGAGACGGCGGAUGUACUCGUCGGGGCUGGCGACCGAGAGCUCGUCCUUAACCUCGCCUUUGCCCUCGAUGUACUCGCGGGUCAUGGCGAGGAUAUAGGCCAGGGCGAGGUCCACCGCCAAGGUGGAGUCGCCCGAACCCGCCAAGGCGUUCAGGUGGGUGUAGUUGUGGUAUAG